AUGAAUACAAAUAUAAGUAAUGAAUGUUUAUGGUCAUUGAUAAAAGUAUCAACCGGUAUAUUUGAUCGUAAAAUUUGGGCAUUAAAAUUUUUGGAUGCAUUAGGAAAAUUUCCAACAGGUAUUGCUGAAGGUUCAUUCGCUCAUUUUGGUGAAUUUGAUGAAUGUUUAGAAAUUGAACAUCAUGAUCAAAAUGAUGAAUUCAAAACAAUUUAUGGCCGUUAUUGUUUGGCUAAAAUUAUUAUUCCAUAUCCACCUAUAUUUAAUAAUAAUGAUCAUCCAUCAAUUGAAACAUUAUAUAAACGACAUCAUUUUGAAUAUUUUAUUAAUUUUUUAAAAUUAUAUAAUCUGGAUAAUUAUCUAACAAUGCGUAAAGUAGUUGAAAAAUUAAAUAAUCAACAUGGUACAUGUAUUUUAUCCGGUAUUUAA